AUGCGGCCCUUUCGCAAAAGCAAAAGUAAAUCUAAAAAAAGUCGAUCAAGAGAUAAACAUAAACGAAAAAAUUGGCGAAAAGCACAACGAAGAAAAUCAACAAAACAUGAUGAUGAAAAUGAUAAAACGGAAUUUGAGGAGGUUGAAGUAGAACGAAGACCGGCACAUAGCAGAAUGCGUAGUAAAAUUAAAUGGAAGCAAGAUUUGCAACCAACAAAAACUGAAACCAAAACAACAACAACAACAACAGAAAAAACAACAACAACACCAACUUCAUCGAGUGGUUCAAAUUCUUCAAUGUUAUCUUCUCCUUUGACUAGUUCCCUCUGUUCACCAGUUAUGCUAAAACCGGAUGCUCCAACACAAGCAUCCAUGAUGUUAAAACCGGAUACAACUGAAGAGGAUGCUAAUGAAUUAAUUGCCGAGGAUGAAGCUGAACAAAAAUUUGAAAAAACAAAAAAAAAGCAGCAAAAAGAAAAAUUGAAGGAAAAGAAGCGAAAAGAAUAUAAAACAUCUAAAAAACAAGUGAAACGAUCAGCAGCAAAACCUCGUCGAAGUUUAUCAAAGGAAAUGGAAGAGCGGAAAUUUUCGGAUGAUAUUCCGGAAAGCCAAGAAGAAAGAAAAACUGAUGAUGAAAUAGAAAAAGCUACGGAAUGUAUAGAGGAGACAAAAGAGAUUGAUCGAACAGAAUGCGCUGAUGAUAUCACACGUCAUACAACCGAAUCUGAAAAAAAAGGAAUGAAAGAGGUUACAGCUAAUUCCGGUCAAGUUACAACUGAUUCCGAUCGAAAAUUUUUACCUUUAAAGAAGACAACAAAGUUACCCUCAGAUCAUUUAAUGAAAAAAGCUAAAAAACUUAGUCGGAAGAAGAUCAAAUCACUAGAACAAGAUAAAUCUGAAAAGUUAAAAGUAAUGGAAGAGCGUAAAACUGAAUUGAGCAUUCAAUCAAAGGAAUCAGAGAUAGAAUCAGAUUCUGAUUUAAGCAUAAAAUCACCAGUAAAAUCGAAUGAAAUUACUUCACAGCAACCAACUUUAUUAGUCUUGUCACCAUCGGUGCCACCAUCAAAAGAACCUAUAGCAAUACCUAAAAUACAGCAACCAGCAGUAGAAACAGUACCGAUGCCACCAGUAAUAGCACCAGAAAUAUCACCGCCAUCAGAAGAAUCUACUAUGAAAGCAGAAGCGCAACAACCACCUGCAAUAUCAAUAGCGUUAAAAGAACUAAUAAAAGUGCAGGAAACGCAGCAAUCAUCUGCAAAAUCACCGCCAUCAGAAGAAUCCAUCACAACACCAGAAGCGCAACAGGCAUCUGUAGUAUCAGUUGCGCCAAAAGAACUCAUAGCAAUACAAGAAACGCAACAAUCAUCUGAAAAACUAGAAGAAUCAGUCAUAAAAUCAAAAGCGCAACAACCACUUGCAAUAUCAAUGGCGUCAAAAGAACCAAUAAAAAUGCAGGAAACGCAGCAAUCAUCUGAGAAAACAGAAGCGCCACAACCACCUGCAACAUCACUGGCGUCAAAAGAACCAAUAAAAAUGCAGGAAACGCAGCAAUCAUCUGAGAAAACAGAAGCGCCACAACCACCUGCAACAUCACUGGCGUCAAAAGAACCAAUAAAAAUGCAGGAAACGCAGCAAUCAUCUGAGAAAACAGAAGCGCCACAACCACCUGCAACAUCACUGGCGUCAAAAGAACCAAUAAAAAUGCAGGAAACGCAGCAAUCAUCUGAGAAAACAGAAGCGCCACAACCACCUGCAACAUCACUGGCGUCAAAAGAACCAAUAAAAAUGCAGGAAACGCAGCAAUCAUCUGAGAAAACAGAAGCGCCACAACCACCUGCAACAUCACUGGCGUCAAAAGAACCAAUAAAAGUGCAGGAAACGCAGCAAUCAUCUGAGAAAACAGAAGCGCCACAACCACCUGCAAAAUCAUUCGCGCCAAAAGAAUCAAUAAAAACACAAAAAACGCAGCAAUCAUCUGCAAAAUCACCGCCAUCAGAAGAAUCCAUAGAAACACCAGAAGCGCAACAUGCAUCUGUAGUACUAACGCCACGAAAAAAACAGAUUACAGUGCCAGAAAUCAAAAUUCCGACUCAAUCAUCGAAAUCACUUAAACCUUCCGGAAAAUCAGAGACUGAUGAUUUGCUGAUCUCAUCAGCAUUAUCAUCAACCGAAUCCACUAAGAAAUUAGGAAUGAAAGUUUUAACUAUACCAUCUCUACCGGAAACAGAAACCACAUCAUCAAAAGUUGCAAACGAAUCGCUAAAAUCAGAAAUGAUUAAAUUAACUGGUGAUGUGAAACCGGUAAAAUCAACAACUCAGACAUUAUCCGUAUUGCCGUUAUCAAAAAAUGAAGAGUUAAAGCCAGCCGAAAAGUUAACAAAAUUAGCAUCAAAUGCGGUAAUUGCUGUUGCAGAUGAUGAAUCUGAAUCAUCGAAUAGUGACCAAUUGGAUUCUCGAAAAGAAAAAAAGCAAUCAAAAGAUAAAGAGAACGAAUAA